AUGGCAGAAGCAGGUAUUUUAUGGGCUCAGGAUCAGUUUACUUGCCCAAUCUGUCUGAAUCUACUGAAGAAUCCAGUGACCAUUCCCUGUGGACACAGUUACUGUAUGGACUGUAUUACAGACUGCUGGGAUCAAGAUGAUCAGAAGCGAAUCUACAGCUGCCCUCAAUGCAGACAAACCUUCACACCAAGACCUGUUUUAGGUAAGAAUGUGGUAUUUGCUGAAAUGCUGGAGAAACUGAAGAAGACAAAACUUCAAUCUGCUCAUUGUUACGCUGGACCUGGAGAUGUGGAGUGUGACAUCUGUACUGAGAGAAAACUAAAAGCAGUCAAGUCCUGUCUAGUGUGUCUGAACUCUUACUGUCAAAAUCACCUCAACCAGCAUGAGAAUUUCUUUAAAGGUAAAAACCACAACGUGAUCGAUGUCACUGGACGACUACAAGAAAUGAUCUGCAAAAAACACAACAAACAACUAGAAAUCUACUGCCGUACUGACCAACAAUGCAUUUGUUAUCUGUGUACGAUGGAUGUUCACAAAAAUCACGACACUGUGACAGCUGUGGCAGAGAGGACAGAGAAACAGACACUAUUUGGAAAAACAAAAAGAAAUUUAAAGCAGAGGAUUCAGGAGAGAGAGAAGAAGCUUCAGGAGCUGAGACAGACUGUGGACUCUCAUAAGCGCUCUGCACAGACAGCAGUGGAGGACAGUGAGAGGAUCUUUACUGAACUGAUCCGAUCCAUUGAGAGAAAACGAUCUGAGGUGACACAACUGAUCAGAGAUCAGGAAAAGACUGCAGUGAGUCAAGCUGAAGGAGUCAUGAAGCGUCUGGAGGAGGAAAUUGAUGAUCUGAAGAAGAGAGACGCUGAACUGGAGCAGUUUUUACAAACAGACGAUGACAUUCAUUUCCUGCAGUGUUUCAAGUCUUUCUCUGUGACUUCUGGAUCUUCAUAUGUUUCCAGCAUUAUUGUCAGUUCUCUUCCCACUUUUGAUGAUUUGGGAAAAUCUGUUUCUAAACUCAGAGAUAAACUGGAGGAUUUGUGUAAAAAAGAAAUAGAAAUGAUAUCUGACCGAGUAAAAUCCAUUGAAAUUUUCAACCACAAAGAUCCCAGAACUAGAGAGGAUUUCCUACAAUAUUCAAGUCUUCUCUCUCUGGAUCCAAACACAGUGAAUAAAAAUCUCCAGCUGUCUGAGAAGAACACUGUGGCUACUUACACUAACACAGUCCAGCAGUAUCCUGAACAUCCUGACAGAUUUAGUGAUUUAAGGGAAGUUUUGUGUAGAGAGAGUUUGUGUGGACGCUGUUACUGGGAGGUUGAGUGGAGUGGUGGUGUUUGUAUAUCAGUGUCAUAUAAGAGCACCACAUUCACUAAACCACUUUAUCCUGGGUUUUGGAUCAUUCCAGGUUCAGUGAAGUUAUGUAAUCCAGCAGUGUAG